AGAUGGGUAUUCUUGCUGUACUUGCUUUGCCAUUGCUUCUCUUAGGGAUCAGUGGAAUUAUUUAUAUUUACCAGUCAGUCAGGUGGCUAUUGUCCAAGUCAGCUGUGCAAAACAAGGUGGUGGUGAUCACAGAUGCCAUCUCUGGACUGGGCAAGGAAUGUUCUCGAGUGUUUCACACAGGAGGAGCAAGGCUUGUGUUGUGUGGCAGGUCAUGGAAAAAGUUGGAAGCCUUGUAUGACGCUUUAAUUAGUGUGGCAGAUCCGAGUAUGACAUAUGCACCAAAGCUAAUGCUUCUGGAUAUCUCAGACGUAAGCUGCAUUCAAGAUGUAGCUAAGGAAAUCCUUAAUUGCUACGGCUGUGUGGAUAUACUGAUCAACAAUGCAAGUAUGAAAGUGAAAGGAGCAGUGCAGAGCAUUUCAUUGGAACUUGACAAAAAGAUAAUGGAUGCCAACUAUUUUGGACCUAUAACAUUAACAAAAGCCAUUCUUCCCAACAUGAUCUCAAGAAGAACUGGCCAAAUUGUUUUAAUUAAUAGUAUCCAAGGAAAAAUAGGGAUCCCAUUUCGUGCAGCUUAUGCUGCUUCUAAGCAUGCUGCUGUAGGCUUUUUUGACUGUCUUAGAGCUGAAAUGGAAGAAUUUGAUAUUUCUGUCAGCACUGUGAAUCCGACUUUCAUCUGUUCGUACCAUCGCCAACCAGCACCUGGCAACUGGGAGGCAUCUAUUUGGAAAUUCUUUUUCAGAAAGGUGGCAUAUGGUGUGCACCCAGUGGAGGUGGCAGAGGAAGUCUUGUGCACAGUGAGCAGCAAGAAGCAGGAGGUACUUAUGGCCAACCCUAUCCCCAGAGCAGCAGUUUACAUUCGUACCUUCUUCCCAGAGCUGUUUUUUGCAAUUGUCGCCUCAGGGAUUAGGGAAAAGCUGAAGACAGAAGAAGAAAAUUGAUUUUGUUUGGUUCUUUUCCCUGCUUUUGACCUGAAAAAAAGUUUAUAUUUCAAAUGUCAAUUAUUUCUGCUUCUCACUACUGGUAGAAUAAAGCAGGAGGCU